UAAUGAAUGGAAAGGCAUCGUAGCCAAGAAAAUUCAGCUCAGCAACUAAGUAGCCUUGCUUUAGGUUGGAUUAUUAUUGAAAGAAGAAUUCACAGAAAGAAAUGGAAAUGGAUUGGCCGGGUAAAUCGGAGACCAUUCUUUGGAACAGAAAACAAUUGUAUCCUCAUUGUUACUGUUGAGAUUAGGUUCCGUUUAGAGUAAAUGACAUAUUAGUGUUCUUUACAAAUGCAAAAGUAGCAGUUAUUUUUAAUUGAGACAGAAUGAAACUGGUGUGGUGUAAACUUUUGAUUUAAACUGAAACGUUUGAAACAGAAGCGGCUGUGAUUUGGAAUAACGCACUGGUGCAUUUUGGAGGAACAGAGGGCACUUUCCACUUUUGGAAAAACUCUGGAAUAACGUCGUAAGAAGGAACUUAAUUUAUUUUACUUAAAGGAUACAUUACUUAUUUUAACCAUGGGGAAUAUUGAGAGUGUGGAUGGACAGUCGGACAAUAUGAAGCAUCAUAUAAUGCCGUUGAAAGUGCCCAUUCCUGACCAGUCGGAGUUGGAGGAGAGAUUUGCUUUAGUUUUGAAUUCCAUGAACCUUCCUCCUGACAAAGCCAGACUCCUCAGACAGUAUGAUAAUGACAAGAAAUGGGACCUCAUCUGUGACCAGGAACGGUUUCAGGUGAAGAACCCUCCCCACACCUACAUCUCAAAGCUACGGGGCUACUUAGACCCAGGAGUCACACGCAAGAAGUUCCGAAGGCGGGUCCAGGAAUCCACUAAGGUUCUGAGGGAACUGGAGAUAUCACUGAGGACCAAUCACAUAGGGUGGGUCCGGGAGUUCCUCAACGAUGAGAACAGGGGUCUUGAUAUCCUGGUGGAGUACCUGUCCUUUGCUCAGUGUGCUGUCAUGUUGAGUUUUGAGGGUCUGGAGAUGGGGGAGGAGAUUUCCCUGGACAAGUCUAAGUCCUGGAGUAGGUCUAUAGAGGAUCUGCAUCAGGGCAGCACUCAGCCUUUCUGCAACACGCUGGUCCGCUCUGCUCGCCAGUCUGUUCUCCGCUAUGGCACAGCACCGAACAGCAAAACCAUCAAGAACUCACGACUCGUGAGCCAGAAGGACGACGUGCACGUUUGCAUCAUGUGCUUGCGAGCCAUAAUGAACUACCAGUAUGGCUUCAACCUGGUCAUGUCGCACGCACACGCAGUCAACGAAAUAGCCCUCAGUCUGAACAAUAGGAACUCGAGGACUAAAGCCCUGGUUCUGGAGCUGCUGGCUGCGGUGUGUCUGGUUAGAGGAGGCCAUGAGAUCAUACUCUCUGCCUUCGACAACUUCAAAGAGGUGUGCAAGGAGAAGCAUCGCUUUGAGAAGCUGAUGGACUAUUUCCGUGUGGAGGAUGGGAACAUUGACUUCAUGGUGGCCUGCAUGCAGUUCAUCAACAUCGUGGUUCACUCAGUAGAAGACAUGAACUUCAGGGUUCACCUGCAGUAUGAGUUCACCAAGCUGGGCCUUGACGAAUACCUGGAGAAAUCCAAGUACACAGAGAGUGACAAGCUGUCAGUACAGAUUCAGGCCUACCUGGACAAUGUGUUUGAUGUGGGCGGGCUGCUGGAGGACGCAGAGACCAAGAACGUGGCUCUGGAGAAGGUGGAGGAACUGGAGGAACACCUGUCCCAUGUGACGGAGAAGCUUCUAGACGUGGAGAAUGAGACCAUUACGAAAGUGGCUGACCUGGAGAAGCAGCUCCUACAGAAGGACAAGGAUCUCCAUGUCAUACGGGAGACGUACGAGUCGACCAACACCCAGGUCCACACCCUGAGGAGGAUGAUCAAGGAGAAGGACGCUGCCUUCCAGAGGAGCUUCAACAUCGAGAAGCGCCUGCUGGAGAUGGAACAGCAGGGGACCAUCCGCCUCCGCAAGCAGCCGGACGGGGACAUCGCUAUCGAGCCCCUGGGAGGGGGCGGUGGUGUUGGUGGUGGAGGAGGAGGGGGUGGAGGUCCGGUGGUGCCUCUCGGUGACUUUGGGCAGAACGGAGGGUUCUCAGUGGGGCCUGGAGGAGUAACAGGGCCAGGAGGACCAGGAGGACCAGGGACUAGUCUACCAAGGGCCAGUGAAGCACCACCUCCCCCUCCCCCCCCUCCACUUCCCUCUGCUCUAGGAGAGAAUGCUCCAUGCCCACACCCACCCCCUCCUAUGGCCCCGCCUCUACCAGGAACUGCUCCCAAUUUCAUCCUCAAUAUGGGCCUAUCAGCUAUCAGGAUCAAGAAGCCCAUCAAGACCAAGUUCCGUCUGCCUAUAUUCAACUGGACCGCUCUGAAACCCAACCAGAUCAACGGUACGGUCUUCAGUGAGAUAGAUGAUGAAAGAGUACUAGAGGACCUGGAUGUGGAGAAGUUUGAGGAACUGUUUAAGACCAAGGCCCAGGGUCCAGUGGUGGACCUGAGUGGCCCCAAGACCAAGGUGUCUCAGAAGGCUAUCAACAAGGUCUCCCUGCUGGACGCAAACCGCUCCAAGAACCUGGCUAUCACCCUGAGGAAGGCCAACAAGAGCACUGAAGAGAUCUGCAAAGCCAUACAGACCUUCGACCUGAAGGCCCUGCCGGUGGACUUCGUGGAGUGUCUGAUGCGUUUCCUUCCAACGGAGGCGGAGGGGAAGAUGAUGCGUCAGUACGAGCGGGAGCGGCGACCGCUGGACGCGCUGACGGACGAGGAUAGAUUCAUGCUCUUCUUCUCCAAGAUCGAACGGCUCACCCAGAGGAUGAAUAUUAUUACGUUCGUAGGGAACUUCUCAGACAACGUCAACAUGCUAACCCCGCAGCUCAAUGCCAUUAUCGCAGCGUCCGCAUCCGUCAAGUCUUCACCCAAGUUAAAACGAAUGCUAGAGAUCAUCUUAGCCCUGGGAAACUACAUGAACAGCAGCAAGAGAGGAUCUGUGUAUGGCUUCAAACUACAAAGUCUUGAUCUGCUACUGGACACUAAGUCUACAGACAGGAAGAUGACUCUGCUCCACUACAUAGCUGUGGUUGUCAAGGAGAAGUAUCCUGAGCUGGCUAACUUCUUCAACGAACUGCACUUUGUGGACAAAGCUGCUGCAGUGUCUCUGGAGAAUGUGCUGCUGGACGUGCGGGAGCUGGGUAAAGGGAUGGAUCUGAUCAGGAGAGAGUCUAGUCUCCAUGACCACUCCGUUCUCAAGGGCUUCCUCCAGACCAGCGACACUCAGCUGGACAAACUGCAGAAGGAUGCCAAGACCGCUGAGGAAGCCUUCAACAAUGUGGUGAACUACUUUGGGGAGAGUUCCAAGACGACUCCUCCCUCCGUGUUCUUCCCUGUGUUUGUGCGAUUCAUCAGAGCUUACAAGGAUGCGGUGGAGGACAAUGAGCAGAGGAAAAAGCAGGAGAAAGCCAUGAGAGAGAAGUUACUGGCUCAGGAGGCCAAGCAACAUGACCCCAAGGUCCAGGUAGUGAAGAAGAGGCAGCAGCAACAGGAGCUGAUCUCUGAGCUGCGUAAACGCCAGGCCAAGGACCACCGACCCGUAUACGAGGGGAAGGACGGCACCAUUGAGGAUAUCAUCACAGUGUUGAAGAGCGUUCCCUUCACAGCCCGUACUGCUAAACGAGGCUCACGGUUCUUCUGUGAUGCACAGCUGUGUGACGACUCCAACUGCUAGUCCCUACAGUUCCUCCCCCCUAAUGCCAAGAUCUCCGCAGCCAGCCUUUUCUGCGGAACGACACGCUGAUCCGGACCGGCUGGAAGAGACCCUAAACAAACCACUCGUUCUUCCUCCCUUAUCACCCCU